AUGAAAGCCAACUGCCUUCUUGCAUUCAUGGCGUUCUUUGGAGAAUCUUACUGUCAAUUGUCUGAACACCUCAAAGAGCAAACAAGUGGAGUCAAAUGUCUAGGUAACUUUUCCCACGUAGGUGAAAAUCUGCCAGUAUUUGAAGCAUACUCAUGCCAAAGAGAGAACGAUUUGAUCAUAGAUGAACCAGGAAACGGGACAUGCCCAGAAGAUGUGAAGAGAUUCGAAAACGAAGUAUUGCCCCUAAAUUGCGUUGAGGAGACCCUUGAUAACACCGUCCGCAAUGGCAUUCCUUCUUCUGCUGACAGCAUUCCCUCUGAAAAAGCAUCCAGUGAUGAGGAUACCAAUGCGCUUAAUGACAGUGAAAGCUCUGAUGGAGCUUCUGAUGUUAGCGAACAAGACUCUCAAGUGGACCCUGAUGGUGACCCGGAAGACGAUUUUUCUCUUGAUGGUGCAAUUGAAUGA